UCUUCUUCCGCCUGUCUCCUCUUCCUCCCUCCAUAUAAACCACCGUGAUCCCUGCGUGCUUCCACCAUCCCCCAGCUCCGCUCCCUUCUAGUUCCGUCGGACCAGCGCGCAUAUAUACCAUACCUGUGAUCUGCCACACCCCCCACCGAGAUGCUGUGUGUGUGGACGACGCAGCUGGUGGCUCCAAGCACGGGAGGAUCCAUGGGCGUGGUGCGAGCCGUGUGAUCGACAAGAGUGUGCGUGCACGUAAGCAUGUGCUUCGGCUGCCGUGUCCCCGCCAAGCUCUGGUGGUGAGAGUUCGAGGAGAGGCCGCGCGCGUACGUACGUGUGAUCAGUCCAUUCCAUACUGCUGUGCCGCCCGUGUCUAGCUUCUUGCCGGCGGUCUUCAUGUGGGGCGACGUGGUGGCGCUCGUCCGGCAGGGCCUGCGGUGGCGGCGGCGCAGGGGGAGGAGGUCUACGGCGCGGGUGGUGGACGAGAGCGCGCUCGGCCUCGGCGCCCACGGCGAUGCCGGCGCCGCCGCGGCGGUGGCGCCGAGCGUGGGCGGCGCCAUGGCCAGGGCGCUCCUGGCACUGGCGUGCGCCGUCCGCUUUGACGGCGAGGACCUGCCGACGGAGGAAGCCUGGGCGGCGAGCGUAUGGCGGCCACGGGCCGACGAGGUCAGCCACCUCAUGGUGCGUGAGAGCAUGCGCUAUGCCAUCUACGCGUAGGAUUGUGUAAGUACAACGUCUGUACGUACGUACGAUUGGGGUUACGCGUAUAACUAGCUGUGUAUGGUGUGUAACUAGUAGAGUAUUAGAGUGAUGUACUUCCUUUGGAUGUACGUAAAGGUCACCACCACCACCACUACUAGAGAUGCCAUGGCGAUUGGCUUCUCUUAGUCUAUGUUAUGUACUAGCAUAUCUGAACUUCUGAAGGUUCAUCUCUACAUGUCAACAAAGAUUCAUCUCUUCUCUUCCUCUA